GACAACGAAGUCUAGCAACCUCUUUUAGCUGAACAAUGUCGCAAUCAGAAAAUGCAAUGAUCGGAAAAUUAGCCAACGUAAUAAAUGAUGAGAAUUAUUAUUAUGUUGGUGUAAAAGCAUCUCCAUUUGCGAAUGAUUGUGUUGUCUUUGGUUUAAAUUCGGAUGAAAUUUUGGCUCUUUCCAAGCGUUUUCCGAAUUCUGGAUCAGAUGUGGUCAACGGUGUUAUGAUUAAAGGACCACCUUUUUCCAUCAUUAAUGCCUUGGCAGAAUUAGGAUAUCGAGUUAUUUGUAGCACGGGGGAGGCCGAAAUACUUUGGACAUUGCAAAGGGAAUUGUAAAGUCAACAAUUUAUAUUCUCAGGAUUAUUUAUAAGAAAAAAGUACACUUAUAUACAAGACAUAUGCAAGUAAAUCACUCAGGUACUAAGUCUGCAUCUACAUUAAACAUGGAGCACAAUCAUAGUUAUAAUGAUCAUAAUAAAUGCUGCAGUAUAAAUACUAAUGUUAGUGUUCGUCAAUCUCUAAUGGAAAUGGAGUUUGAACGUGGUAUAUGGUAUGCUGCACAAUAUAAUGAUUUGGAUCGUGUAAAGACAUUAUUGAAGAAAGGUGUUUCUCCUAAUAUAGAAGAUUCAGCUGGAUAUACAGCAUUACAUUAUGCAGCUAGAAACGGACACUAUAAAAUUUGUAAUAUAUUAUUAGAAAAUGAUGCAGCUGUGAAUGCACAAACACGUUGUGGUCGUGCCACUGCUUUACAUAGAGCAGCUAUGCAAGGACACUGUAAUAUUGUCGAACUUUUGUUAAAAUAUGAUGCAAAUCCUAAUUUAAAAGAUGCUGAUGAUUAUACCCCUUUACAUAAAGCACUUACAGCACGCUCAACAUCAGUUUGUAAAUUAUUGAUACCAUGCACUAAUCUAUCAUUGUUGAAUAACAACAUGCAAAGUAUAGAACAAUUGGUAAAUGAAAAGUUUCCUGACAUUUUACCAUUUUUAUUGACAUAUAUAAAUAAAGAAAAAAUAAAUAAAUGAUAAACAAAAAUAAUUUGAAGUUUUCAAUUUUUAUAUAUUAAAAAAUAAUAUAAAUGUUAUGAUAUGUGUAUUCAGUAAAACAAAUAUGUAAGAAAAAUGUAAUAUAAUUAUGAAAUU